AUGCCCCAGCCGAACGUGUCUGCUCAGGAGGAUAUUCAUUCUCCCACCGGCCUCCCGCUCAUUCGUGUCGAUGAGGACAGCCGAACACUGGACAGCUUGCUACGACUUUGCUAUCCCGUAGAUGAUCCAACACUAGUCAAAUUUUCUGACAUAGCGCCUGCGCUGAAGGCGGCGACGAAAUACGAGAUGUAUGAGGCCCAGUCGCUUUUGAAGUCAGCAUCUUUAUCUAAUGACGACAAGGAAUCUCUCCUAUGCGUCUACGCUCUGGCUUGUACUCUAAAUUUCGAAGACUUGGCACAUAGAGCGGCGUUAAAGUACCCUCAGUCUCAGGAAGCAUACUAUACCCCUGAGAUGGAUCAGAUCACAUCUGGAGCGUACUUUCGCUUUCUCCAAUUCCUUUCGAGGCGACCGAUUCAGCCUACGGGAAACAGUCAUCCGAGAUUUCAUCGACAGUCGCUUUGCAGGCCUCCUGUCUGCAUUCCAAAUGUAGAAGAUGAAUCGUGGCGAACACAUCUUGACGCCUUCCGAUGCGCCAGCACUAUAGACAGGAUCAUCCUCCGGUCCUCGGACCUUGUCGAAUUCUGUCUGUAUAAACCGAUCUUAUUCCUAGCCUCUGCGCACUUCCAAUCACUGUUUGAAGACCCCCAGACCGGUGACAAGCGCAAUUAUGUCGCUCUGAAAAAUGUGCCAGUCCUAAAUUUGGAAGAGGAUGGACAAACCCUCUGCCUUCUUCUGCACUUUGUGUAUCCGCUCCCAAGCAUGAAUUUACAAGACAUAGGUGUCUUGACGAGAGUUUUGGAUGCCGCCGUCAAGUAUCGUCUACAAAGAGCCAUGAACGACAUCAAGGUCUUGCUGAUCGAGCAAGCCAGGAAGGAACCUCUACGGCUUUAUUUUCUGGCUAUUCAUUAUGGUUGGGAGGACGAAGCAAAGAGGAUGUCUGAGCAGCUCACUGGAGCGAUCAUUGACGUCUAUAUCCCCGAAAUGGAGCUCGUCUCUGCCGCAGCUUACCGGAAGCUCCUGGUAUAUCGACAGAGUUGCAGGAAGGCGGUCAUGGAUGUUGUGCACAGCCUCACGACAUGCAUACACCAACCUCCUCUCUAUUGGAGUGAAGUAGAUCCAUCAUUGAAUCCGGGAGACGGCGGCUGGAUUGUCAAAUUCACCCUACGAUUUUUGGAGGCGAACGUCAUAUGCAUCCCGAUUACUGGACUCCGGACGGCAGGGGACCCCAUGCACUACCUUCGGUCACUAAUUCGGAAUUUUUUCACGGACAGCAACAAAGUAGGUAACAAACGUAAGCGGCAUAUCUUGAAUGCGGAUGAGCUCGAAAAGAGUUUAGCAGACGCCGUGAAAAAGAUCAAUUUUUGA